AUGGAUUCGUCGUGUCUCUCCAACGAUUCAGUUUCUGGAUUCAAAGACAGGGAGUCAAUGGUUGACCCCUUUUUGGUCGAGGCUCUCCAGAACCCUCGUCACCGCCUCACCAUUUUGCGGAUGGAGCUUGACAUUCAGAGGUUUAUGAAUAAUGCUGAUCAACAGCAUUUUGAGUUUCCACAUUUCCCUUCUUCCUAUCUCAGACUGGCUGCACAUCGUGUUGCUCAACACUACAGCAUGCAAACAAUGGUUCAAGAUAAUGGCUUAGAUGGUCAGGGAAGUAAAAUUCUGGUGAGAAAGUUACCAGAAAGCAAGUAUCCUGUGGUUAGGUUAUCUGAAAUACCUGCAAAGCAAUUGGAAAAUGAUAAAUCUGAGCAGAAAAAAUUUGUUAUUAGAACUAGGCCUAAUAAGAACAGUUUGAACGACGCCAAUGGAGUUGGGAUGAAAGGAAAUCCUCUAAGAAGCGUGGAAGAGAGGAAGGAAGAAUAUGACCGAGCACGAGCACGUAUCUUUAGUGGCUCUAGAAUCUCUGACUCAGGUGAUACCUCAUCCAUGGUUCCAAUGGAUGGGAGAAAUUCUUCUACUAGCAAGGAUGAGAAUGAAACUAGCAAGAACCCCAUAGUUGAUUCAGAAAGAUGUAUCAAUGUCCGGGACAGUUGUUCAAAUCGAGUUGCCAUAUUCAGGGAUAGAGAAAAGGAUCGUAGUGAUCCAGAUUAUGACCGUAGUUACGGAAGAUAUGCUAGGAGUAUUCCAACCUCUGCUGUUACCUUGGUGCCAUUUAACUUGCAAAAGGCUCAACCUUCAUUUGCUCAAUAUGAUGCUACAUUUAAUCAAUUGGGUCAAAUGUCACAACCUCAGGCCACACUUGGAUAUAUCCCUCCUUCUACCCCGAUAAUAAAUCCUUUUUGCACUACAGGAGUGAAUCAGACACCUAGGGACGGUGCUUACCUACAGUGGCCUAGUGCAGCUAUGAUGUAUGCACAUUCAUAUGACCAAUUUAGACAUGCUGUUUUCCAGGCUCCAUUUGGUCAACAGCCGUUGAGCUUUGACUAUUCACAGAACUAUUAG